CCCAAAAUGACGACGCGGUGGCAGGCAGAGGUGAGCGGAAGCCAUCUUCUCACGCAACAUCGAGCAUUUGCCGAAUCCCUGUCAAGCUGAGUCCAGACGAAGCAGAUGGCGUGCUCACUGCAGACGACAUUCCAGAUGCUGACCUUCAUGAUGUCAACGUCUCCAAAGGUCAGCCAGUUGACUGUACCUGGGAAAUCCAUACUGAUAAAGGGCAUGGGAUCAACCUCAGAUCUUCCGAAAUGGAUAUGAGGAACCGGAAACGCUGCGACAAUAACAACAUUACAAUCUAUGAAAGGACAACUCUGGACAGCGCAAUCAAGGGCAAAUACUGUCCGGGUAGCGACGAGCGCUUCGAUAUGACGUCAGAUAGCAACCGGGUGUUUGUUCGCUUGUAUGGGAGUUCCAUCACCAAUAAACCCAAUGUCAAGAUGAUUUACUCGCUUGUUCGAAGAGGCGAGUGCAGUGAAACGGAAUUUCCGUGCGGUGACCUUUGCCUGCCACUUAGCCUUAAGUGCAACGGCGUCGACAACUGUAGGGACAGAAGCGACGAACGAGGGUGCUCACGGGGCCGGAAAACUAAAGACAGGACUCCGGUGGACGUGGGCUCUGAAACACAGGGGGUUGUCAAGAAGCCGAUAAAUGUUGAUGGAACUUCACAGGGGGGCAGUACAAGAGAAUCCUCAGAAGACUUCAGUAUUCUGCCCCUGCACAUCAUCAUCCUUGCCUCCGUGGGAGGUGUUAUUAUAACUUGUGUUAGCGUUUCUUUAUGCGUCAUGUGCUUGCUGCGAAAGAAAGACAGAGAAAAGCGCCAAGAGGCGACCCGCCCCAAGACCUCAAACAGAAAAACGCCCUGGAAAUGGCUGUGUGCAACAGCUCAAAUACAACUAUAUCACUCUCCAGACAAAACAAUGAAGGUCAAACUCAGAGACCUG